GCUCACACGCGAGACGGACGUUGGAGCAGAAACGCCGACGGUCGAUCAGUCGGCGCUCCCUUCGCAAACAAAAGUGAGUUGCGAGCGUGUCGCUUGCUAACUCGGCAGCCGAAUGCGUGGGACGCCAACCGCUGGGCUGAAUCAUUUAUUUCGGCAUCGCCCUGGUGCCACGCGGUGGCUUCGACAACUUUUCCACGGCGAUUCGGGUCGACGUGUCACUCGGCGUGUCGGACGCCGCUUGUGUAGAGAGACACGCGCGCGCACGCGGGCGACUUGAAUCCGACUGCGAGCGAUCUCUGGAACCAAAGGAAUCCACCUACCCCAGGAUCGUCCUCCACCCGCAGCCGCCGAGAUGGCCGGGAAGGGGAAGCAGAGCGACGGAUUUGAUCUGACGCCAACCUUCAUUCCCGAACGAGGUAGCGUCAAGAAUGGCUUCCACAACGCCGGCUUCGAGCGAGACGCGCCAGAGGAGGUCACAAAGGAGGAGGUCACAAAGAAGGCGAACAAAGACAAGAAGGACAAGAAGCCAAAGCAGACAGUCGGCGUACUGGAAGUGUUCCGGUUCGCCGACGGCCUGGACGUGGCCCUCAUGAUCGUGGGCCUGGUGGCUGCGAUGGGUCACGGAGGAGCCCUCCCGCUCAUGAUCAUCGUGUUCGGUCAAAUGACCGACAGCUUCGUCCGCAGCGGCAUCAACGCCACGGUGCCCGGCGGUGCCAACGACACGAACGUCACCUUCCCGUCGGCAAACCUGAGCGCCACCGAAAUGGGCGACUUGCUGCAGGCCGAGAUGUCGAAGUACGCGUGGUACUACGUGGCCAUCGGCUGCGCCGUGCUGGUGUCCGCGACGCUGCAGGUGUCGUGCUGGAUGCUGGCGGCGGCGCGCCAGUGCCAACGCAUCCGCCACCAGUUCUUCCGCGCAAUCCUCCACCAGGAGAUGAGCUGGUUCGACACGACGCAGAUCGGCGAGCUGGGCUCGCGACUCACCGACGACAUCAACACGAUCAACGUUGGCAUCGGCGACAAGGUCAGCCUGUUCAUGCAGUUCUUCUCCUCCUUCGUGGUGGGCUUCGUCAUCGGCUUCGCCCACGGCUGGAAGCUCACGCUCGUCAUCCUCUCCGUGAGCCCGCUGCUCGCCAUCUGCGCCUCGAUGCUCGCCAAGCUGCUGGGCUCGCUGACGACAGCCGAACUGACCGCGUACGCCAAGGCCGGAGCUGUGGCGGAGGAGGUCCUGAUGGCCAUCAGGACGGUGGUGGCCUUCGGAGGUCAGCAGAAAGCCGUCGACAGGUACAACAAGAACCUGCACGACGCCAGCACGAUGGGCAUGAAGAAGGCCGUCGCCACCAACCUGUCGUUCGGACUCACGCAGUUCAUCAUCUUCGGCUCGUACGCCCUCGCCUUCUGGUACGGCACCAAGCUGGUGAUUGAAGAGCCCGAGAACUACACCAUCGGACGCGUGCUCAUCGUGUUUUUCUCCGUCCUCAUUGGCGCCUUCUCGCUGGGACAAGGAGCUCCUAACCUGGAGAGCUUCUCCAACGCCCGCGGUGCGGCGUUCACCAUCUUCCAGAUCCUAGACAAGCCCCGCCCCAUAGACAGCAGUUCCGAUGAUGGGUUCAAGCCGGAGCGGAUCAAAGGCGACAUCUCAUUCAGAAACAUCCACUUCUCUUACCCCUCCCGGCCUGACGUGCAGAUCCUCAAGGGGCUGAACUUGGAGGUGGAGAGCGGCAAGACGAUCGCCCUGGUGGGCAGCAGUGGCUGCGGCAAGAGCACCACCAUCCAGUUGCUGCAGAGGUUCUACGACCCCGGCGCUGGCGAGGUGCUGGUGGACGGUCGCGACGUGCGCUCGCUGGGCGUGCGCUGGCUGCGCGAGCACAUCGGCGUCGUGAGCCAGGAGCCGGUGCUCUUCGCCGCCACCAUCGGCGAGAACAUCCGGCACGGGCGCCAGGACGCCAGCGACGCCGACGUAGAGCGAGCGGCGCACGAGGCCAACGCCUUCGACUUCAUCUCGCGCCUGCCCGAGAAAUUCAACACGAUGGUGGGCGAGCGCGGGGCGCAGCUGUCGGGCGGACAGAAGCAGCGCAUCGCCAUCGCGCGCGCCCUCGUGCGCAACCCCAAGAUCCUGCUGCUGGACGAGGCAACGUCGGCGCUCGACACGGAGAGCGAGGCCGUCGUGCAGUCCGCCCUCGACAAGGCUCGCCAAGGCCGCACGACGAUCGUCAUCGCCCACCGGCUGUCGACGAUCCGCACUGCCGACGUCAUCGCCGGCUUCAACGACGGCGUCGUGGUGGAACAGGGCUCGCACGCAGAGCUUAUGGAGCGCCGCGGCAUCUACCACCUCCUCGUCACCCAGCAGACGCUGGGACAGGAUCCUGACGAGGAGGGCGCCGCGGAUUUAGAAAACUUGGAGGACGAGGACGACGACGAGAUCAAUGAUGAUGCGGUGGAGGACGAGGAGGAGGAGGAUAUCGUGUUGGAGGACGACCACGAGGUGGUGGCUACCGGCUCGCUCCACCCCGGGCAGGACUCGAACCACGGCGCGCCGGGCGACGCGGCGUCGCUGGCGGGGGCGUCGUUCCGUGACGGCGCGAGCUCUCGACGGUCGCAGAGGACGGCGAAGAUGAGCCGGGCGGAGAAGAGGCGGAGGAAGAAGAAGAGGAAGGCGGAGCAGGGAGAGAAAGCCAAAAGCCAGAAGGAGCUGGAGAAGGAGGAGGAGGCGGAGCUUCCAACAGUGAAGUACUCCCAGAUCUUGGCGAUGAACCGCCCGGAAUGGCACUUCCUGGUGAUCGGCGUCGUGGCGGCGAUUGUGAGCGGCGGGGUGCAGCCGGCGUUCGCCGUCUUUUUUGCCAAAAUCAUCGGGGUGUUUAACGAACCAGACGCACAGGUGAAGAGCACCAAGACGAUCACCUACUCGCUCAUCUUCCUGCUCCUGGGCGCCAUCAGCUUCGUCUCCUACUUCCUGCAGGGCGUCAUGUUCGGCAAGGCCGGCGAGAUUCUCACCAUGCGAGUGCGCGGCCGCCUUUUCAAGGCCAUACUGCGACAGGACAUCUCCUGGUUCGACGACCACAAGAACGCCGUGGGGGUGCUGACCACACGCCUAGCGACGGAUGCCUCGCAAAUCAAGGGGGCUACGGGGGCUCGCCUGGGCCUGUCUGCGCAGACGCUCGCCAGCCUGGCGACGGGGGUCAUCAUCGCGUUCGUCUUCGGCUGGCAGCUGUGCCUGCUCAUCCUCGCACUCAUGCCCAUCAUCGCCAUCUCCACCGUCAUCCGCUUCCGUGCCGUGGGCGGCCACGCUAACAAGGAUCACACGGCGCUGGAGAAUUCCGGCAGGAUCAGCACAGAGGCAGUGGAGAACAUCCGUACGGUGGUGGGCCUGUGCCGGGAGGAUGCCUUCUUCCAGAGCUUUGCAGACAGCUUGGAGGAUGUGCACAAGCAGAGCAUGCGCCAGGCCCCGCUUUCCGGCCUCACGUACGGCAUCUCCCAGAUGAUGCUCUACAUCAUCUACGCCGUCACCUUCCGCUUCGGCGCCUGGCUUGUCGCCAACCAGUACAUGACGUUCGAGAACGUCUUCCUGGUCUUCUCGGCCAUCGUCUUCUCGGCGAUGUCGGUGGGUCAGACGAGCUCCUUCGCGCCCGACUUCGCCAAGGCUCAGAUGUCGGCGCGGCGAGUCUUCGCGCUGCUGGCGCAGGUGCCCUCCAUCGACAGCUACAGCGAGGCCGGGUCCGCCCCGCCGGGGGGCGCCCGCGGGCGCGUCGAGUUCCGUGACGUGCGCUUCCGCUACCCGACGCGUCCCGGCGUGCCCGUCCUGCAGGGCCUCAGCGUCGCCGUGGAGCCCGGCCAGACGCUGGCCCUCGUCGGCAGCAGCGGCUGCGGCAAGAGCACCUCGGUGCAGCUCCUCGAGCGCUUCUACGACCCCGCCGAUGGCGUUGUGCUGCUGGACGGUGAGGAGCUGCGCACUCUGAGGAUCAGCUGGCUGCGACAGCAGAUGGGUAUCGUGUCGCAGGAGCCCAUCCUCUUCGACUGCAGCAUCGGCGAAAACAUCGCCUACGGGGACAACGAGCGCAGCGUGAGCCACGCCGAGAUGCUGGCGGCUGCCCAGGCGGCCAACAUCCACAACUUCAUCGAGGAGCUGCCCGACAAAUACAACACGCGCGUCGGCGACAAGGGGGCGCAGCUGUCGGGCGGACAGAAGCAGCGCAUCGCCAUCGCGCGCGCCCUCGUGCGCAACCCCAAGAUCCUGCUGCUGGACGAGGCCACGUCAGCGCUCGACACGGAGAGCGAGAAGAUCGUACAGCAGGCCCUGGACCGGGCCCGCGAAGGCCGGACCUGCAUCGUCAUCGCCCACCGCCUCUCCACCAUCCAGAACGCCGACAUCAUAGCCGUCAUCCAGCAGGGCCGUGUCGUCGAGAUUGGCACGCAUACCGAGCUUUUGGCGCGGCAGGGCGCCUACCAUUCUCUCGUCAACGCCCAGGUUAACCACCACUAGCACUCGAUCCUCUGCGAUGGAAGCGUAUUCAUCAAUUUGACCUGCCCAACUGUUAAUUCUUCCAGAAUUGGUGUGAUUUCUGGAGGUGGGUUAAAACCGGGAUCGAGGUCGGCUUAUUUUUAGGUGGGGAUGGGGGACCAUUGCAAGUGGCAGUACAGCAAUGGAUUCGUGACUACAUCUGUGCGGAGUUUAUGGUUGUCCCCUUGAAUGCAUGGUGGGUUUGGUCCAGCUUAAUCCCAAUUAAUGCCAAACGCUUGGUAAAAAAAAAUAUGGGACUGGCCAGACAUCACAAUGCAGGACCCUCCUGAAAAAGAGUCUUGACUCGGCGAGGCUGUCUUGGGAUUAUUACUGGAAUUACUUUAAGAAGUAGGAUACGGUUGCAUUAAACCUUUUAAAAAGGGAUUUACACCCCUUCCCUGAUGGAGGCACGCAAAACAGCCUGCACUAGGCCAGGCCCGUUUGGGCCUAGUAAAGGCUUGUACGCACAUGGACAUGUAUAUUAUGCACACACUUAUAUGAACCUGUAUAUAUGCACAACACGCUUUACACACACACACACUUCAGGCUGUAAAUAACCUUAACGCCACCUGAACUGGGGGAGUUUCCCCAGGUUCGUCCUCUUUUGGAGGCGGUGGUAGC